AUGGAUGGAGAUAGUGAAGAUGAAUACGACACCCGAGACUUGUCACCGUCAACUGACACGGAAAGCCGUGACCAAGCCUCCGAGACUGAAGAAACGUUUGGUAUAGACGAUAUUACCCCACGUUCGUUAAUACCCGGUACGAAUUUAAAUACAAACCACGCAAAUCGUGCUCUCCAGCCGUUUGCUGCUGAAUGUAGCAGUUACGACAUUGUGCCAUACGUUGCUGCUGUUCAUGGAUGCCAUGUGUAUGCAAUUGAUGCAACUAAGAACAUGCGAUGGAUAUUCACUGGUGGUGACGAUGGCUUUGUUAGAAAGUAUGACUUCUUCUCCUCGUUAAAUGGGAAGCAAAUAUUGACCCAGAAUCAAAGGCAUGCACACGUUGAAUCUGUCCAAAAGGCUGGAGUAAUUCUUUCCUAUUGGGAGAACGAGGAACAACCAUUGCCAACAGCUCCGCCUACGCCAGUAACAAAUGGAGUUUCAGAAAAUCAAAGUCAAGGCCAGAAUGGGACAAAUCAUGACAGAGUUAACCAAUCAGAAACAUCACAACCCUCUCCAUUACCGCAAUCAUCAGCGCCACCUUCGGUUUUGUUGAAUACAGAACCAAAAUUAUCACCCGUCUACAGUUUAGCUAGUGGUUCCAUCAAUUUGUAUACUGUAAGACAUGAAGAAGGGCGCUGUCAUCAUGUAUUACGACAGCACAGACGUCCCGUGUCUGUAUUAAAAAUCACACAAGACGAGUACGGUUGUGUUAGUGGAUCAUGGGAUAAAACCGUGCUGUAUUGGGACUUGAAUACAGGCCAAGUAGUGCGUGAAUUCGCAGGCCAUAACUCGCAAAUUAGUUCAAUCUCUUUUCGACCACUUGUCACUCCGUCACCUCGGUCUCUAUCAAAUGAAAACUCUCUCAUAGUACCAGAAUUACCUAAUGAUCAAGAAGAUACAAUUAUUCAUUCAAAUAAUAUAUUAAUGACAACCAGCAUUGAUGGAAACUGUUUUCUCUGGGAUAAAAGGGCGCGUGAACCGAUACCGCGGAAAUUACACCCACCCGAACGUACACCUCCAUGGACUUUAUCGGCUUGUUGGAGCGCUGAUGGAAGUAAAAUAUAUUGUGGUCGCCGUAACGGUACAGUUGACGAGUGGGAUUUUGCGAGUGGGAAAUGCAUGAGGAUCUUUCGAAUGCCGUCCAAUUCCGGACCAGUGUCGUGCGUGAGCGGCAUGCCUAAUGGAAAGCAUAUAGUAUGCUCAUCCACGGAUAACAUACGUCUAUGGAACGUAUCUACAGAUGAAGCAGAACUUUUUGGCACGGCUGUUCCUUUUCUUAUUGUCCCUGGGCAUCAUGGCGGAAUAAUCUCACAAAUUUGUAUCCUUAAUAUGUACUGA